UCGGCACAGCUUCUGUAGCGGCCUGUUCUUGUGGUUAGCGUGAGUGAUUUUUGGUUGGAUUCCCUGGUAUGCAGCUUCCAGCAAGCAAAAGGCCGGCUCCAGCUCCCAAGGCGAACACUUUACUUAUACACAGCUGGCUGGCUGGCUUGAGAAAGCAGAGGCAGGCCAGAGGAAAAAAGGGGGGGUUGAUGGGGAGAGGGAGGAGAGGUCACAUUGCUGCUGCGGAGAGUUACUCAAACUCUAGCAGAAGGUUUUUUUUCCACCCUCCUCUUUUCCUCCUUUCUCUACGUCUAGCCUUGUUGGAGGGGUCUGGCACUCGGAAAUCCACUGCAGGAAAGCUUACUUUUACAAAAGACAGGCAGAGGCCUAGCUAGGCCCUCCUGCACCUCCACAUGGUGCUGGGAAUCGGCUGAGCUCUUUAUAGGCAGGCAGACCUUGUCCGAGGACCGGCACCUCUGAGCUUCCUCGCUUUCGGUUUCCCCCAUUAGUCUCAGUAAAAGGUUUUGUUUGCUUUGCAGGGUAUUUUCUUUGUUUGUUUUUAAACAGUAGAAAUAUGAACUGUUGUCUCCUGGGCUAAAAGGAGGCAGGGGCAACUUACUUUGCAGUGUUUGCCUGAGAGCAAAGUUCUGUGAAGAAAAGGCCCCUCUGACUAAAGGCAGCUGGAAAGAACAAUCUAAGAUAACCACUCUCCACUCUGCCAAGAGUUAAUGACGCUUCAUUAGCUGGCUCUUUCCUCAAGACCUAGCUUCUGAGAGAUGGGGUGACUGCAAGCUCAGCCUGAAUUCUUGGCUACAGUCCCCACAAACUUUUUGGGCCUGAAACGGAGGAAUGUUUUCCCAGGAUGGUAAGUUUGGGUUGAAAGUGCUCAUGCUCCCAUACAAGUCUCCUUCUUCUCCCACAGAAGCAAGGCUGUGAUCUGAGACAUCUUGGUGCCCUAGACACCCAGUGCAUCCACUCCACCCUACCCUGAACUUGGAGAACUAAUUUCUAGGGACUUUGGAGUGGGACCUGAAUCUGAAGAAUGGCAACUCUAGCAACUCACAUCAAUUUUUCUUCAUGUGAAAAACUGAACAAGGUUCCUCAGCACCUAAAAGUGGGAGCAUGGAGGGGAAGUUCCCCACUGAGAGGAGAAAGGGCUUGAAGAGUAUGAAGCAAAGUGUCAGGAAUAUUGCUAGACCGAAGCAGGUCCCUGAGAGCCCUGAUGAUACAAUCAAUUAUUCCCUCAGUGGACCAGCCUGGGUUCCGGUGGGGCUUUCAAAGGACAUAAGCUGGGGCACUUCUGUUCUAGAGUCCAAAGUGAAAGCUCUGAAAGAGAAGAGAGUUUCCAGUAACAAGCAGAGUGAAGUUGCACCCCAGGAACGGACUUCACCAAAGAAGGCCAGGGCCCAUAAAGGGAAGCCGGCAGCAGAAGCUAUUCCCCAGGAUGCAGUGGUGGAACCACAGGCGCAGAUCCGUACCUACUUGACAGAUGGGCUGCUAGAUAGCACUGACUACUCACACCUUGGGCAGGAGGAAGCUCAGGGGGCAAUGCUUGAAAGCCUAUAUGUCAAUGAUCCUGAAACUCUGAAGGGGCCUAAGGCAACCAGUGAACAUACAAGUAUUGGCUGGAAUUCACCAGAGGAAUUCCGGAAGCUUCCAGGAAGAAACAUAGUAGAUAGUAAAGGCUUUUCAGAAAACAUGACAAAAAGGGUAUCCCAAAAUGGCCUCAGUGGGGCCAUCUCCUUAAAGGACCUUACCUUCAUCCAGAAGUCUUUCAAUGAGGACUGCCUGCUUGAAGCUAGAGACUUUGAAAGAAACUCUUUUGUCCACAAAAAUGACACCUGUGGAGUGGUGCCAUCUGGGCGACUUUGGAGAGCAGAGAGCUGGGACAGUCUUGGCAGCUGUGGAAGCAAUGCCAGCACCUUGUCUCUUGCAGAGAGAGUGGAAAGGAACCGAGCUAUGCUGCAGGAGAUGUUGAGCAUAUCAGUACAUAACAGCCAUUCUUCACAAGAACUACAUACUCUGCAUCGGCACAGGAAGGAAACCCCAGCCCUUAGGAAUGAUGGGCCCAGCAAUGAACUCCUGGCAAAUGACGUAGACUGGGAUUCUGGUGUCUCACUGCCGGAUUCUGAAGGCUACCGGGCCUUUGUUCCCAACCAGGAACUGGAGCUGAGCCCCAGGCAUGAGCAGGCCAAGCAACUGCUGCAGAGAGCUCGCAUGAAGGCCAGGACGAAUCCCCUCCGAGCCAGUCAUAACAUCCUGCCUUCUGCCCCCCAGGAAAGGAGGGCUGCUUGUGGGAUCACGGCUGCAGAUGCAAAGAACUUUGCCUUGAAAGAUGGAGACCCCCAUGCUAGUGGGAACCUAAGUGACUCGUCUAGUGGGGAAUCCAGCUGUGGGCAACAGCGAAGACGGGGGCCAUCUCCAUCCCGGGUGCGUUUUGAGGAUGAAUCUGCACGGGAUGCUGAGGUCCGCUAUUUGGAACGCUUACAACAGCGUCAGAAGCGGGUUUUGGAUUCAGUUCUCUUAUCUUUGCGUCAGGGCCCACUGGUCUCCAAGCCAGAUCUUUCUGAUUAUAUCAAUGGCGGUCUCCAGCACAAAGAGAAUGGAAUUGGCAAAGCCUGCUGGGAACAGCAGAGUGCUGGGCAAGCAGCAGGACAACUUACUCACAAGAGCAACAGGGGGCGCUCUGAGAAGGGGAAGCCUCUCAUGGUCAAUGAAGAAGGGAAGUGCAGUGCCUGUGGCUCUUAUGUCAGCAAUGUGGCGACCAGUCGGAAUUUAGACACUAGAGUAAAUCGCAGUGGGAAUGAUGUGCAACAGGUCUGUAAUGAACCUCAAGAAAACAAAAAUCUUAGCCAAGCUAAAGAGCUUGAAGCUUCCCAAGAAGACUCACGAACAAGGACUCUGGGUCCCAAAGGAACUCCAUUGUGGAUUCUUCCUUCUCGGCAGCGUGUUUACACAGAACGCAUCAGGGAGACUUAUAUUGGGGAAGUGACUUGCAUAGAUGAUGUGGACUCAGCCUUAGACAGCACCACUGACACAUCAGACAGUUACAAGAUCGACAGUGAAGAAGCUGGUACCAGCAACUGCCAAUCACUGAUGAAAAGCCACUGGCAUGGUGGGCCUGGUCCAGAUCCUAGGCCAUUUUGUCCUUCAGAGAAGGCGGCCAUAAACAAGGCGGAGGGGGAGAGGCACAGGCACAAGGCAAAUGAUGGCUGCGAUACCAGUGAGUUGGAGGGCUGGGAUAAUGGGCCUGCUGUAAGCAGAAUGGAAGUUGCUAAUGAAACGAGCAACUGUAACUUAAAGGGGUCCCCUGAGGUAAGAGGUCAGGUGAACAAAAUGUCAGCCAAUGAGGUUGAAGCCUUUUCCAGAAUCAACCAACCUAUUGAUCUAUCUCAGCUAGUCAAGAAAGGCAAGGCCCAAGGACAUAGCAAGGUGGCCAAAGCCCAGUUGAAGCAAGCCACACCCACUGUCUACUCCCAACAGUUGCCUUCCCAUCUGAUCCCUGGUAGUGGAACCGAUUCUGUGACUAGGAAGCCAGUGGAAACCUCCCAUCACACUUCUAGGUUGACGAACAAUUUAAGCCAAACCAGGCAGGGAAAAGGUCCUUCCCAACAUCUAGCUAAGCACAUGGCUGUCGGCUACAACCUAGUGAAUCGAGUACCUGCACCCCCUACCACUGGAAAAGCCCACUCCUCCCCUAUGCCUUGCAGGAGGGCUGUCUUGACAGGCAGCUACAAACUGACCAAACCGGAUCCUGGGCACACAGAUCAAGCUAAUGAACGAACAGUUUGCUCUGCUUCUUCCAAUAGUGCCCAGCAUAAGUUUGGGCUGGAGGAGCAAAGUAUCCCACAGAGUCCAAAGAUGCUCUCCAGGAGUCAGCUGUUGGCCUUGUCCACCAAUAACUGCAAUAACACACUUGCCAAGCACCAGCCAAAAACCUCAGUGACUGCUACAGUAGAGAGCACUGAGCAGCAACUCCAGGACAGACAGAAGAUGGAAAAGAUCCCAGGUCCAUCAUCCUCAUCGUGUGGUGUCCCCCAUGUCGCUCCUAAUGCCCUCAGUUCUGCUGCCAUCAGUCUGUCUCUGGCAACUGAGACCAACUUCACCACUUCCACUAAGUCACCUAGUAGGGAAGCUCCACCAGCAGAAGCACAGAAGGCAAAGCCAGGGCGAGAAAGCACAGUCCAGCGUAAACUCCUAGAAAUCUACCCAGAGCCAAAGAAGAAGCAUUCUGCCAAGAAAGGGGGCACUGCCGCUUCCACCUCCUCUGCCUCAGGGCUAAAGAAAUUCUUCGCCACCCUGAGUCUGAGCACCAAGCAGCGGCUGGGCAGGUUCCGCUGCUACAGCAUGGAGCAGAUCUGUGUCACAGAGCCAGGAGCUGCAGUCCCCACUGAGGAAUCAGGUUCAGGCACCACCAGCUCCCCCCAGAUGAAGAAAGCGCCUUCCCUGCAGUCCUUGCGUCUGGUGUCACCUUUUUGCCAACCAAGAAAAGCUGCUUCCGUUCAAAAUCUGCAUUCCCUACUGCACAAGACUGACCGGUCCAGCCUUUACUUGCUAGAAGAACCAAAGGAUGAUGAAGUUGUUUCUAACAGGAAAGCAGGGGCUCAGCCUCGUCGUUCCCUCAGCGUGGAGGACAUUGGUUCCCCCAACUUGGUGAGAACUGUAGGGCGUGUGGUGGAAGUUUUCCCAGAUGGAACUAGUCAACUGGAACUGCAGCGUCCCCCAAAAGGCACUUUUGGAUUUCGCGUCUCAUCAGGAAAUGGCCGUCCUGAUACAGGCAUCUAUGUCCAGGAGAUGGCAGACGCUAGCACAGCUAAACUCUAUGCUGGGCUGCUGGGAGUUGGAGAUGAGAUCCUGGAGGUGAAUGGUGCCAAAGUUGCUGGGCUGGGCCUGGCCCACAUCAAUGAACUGUUCUCCUGGGUGGACACUCUUUCAAUUCGAGUGCUACGACAGAGGCCCGUUCGGCGGUAGCGAAGUGGUGAAGGCUACCCACAAGGGCUUGCUUGGACAUGAAGCUUUUACUGUGCGCUGUAAGGAGCCUCUGGUGCCUACUGAGCCUGUCUGGGACUUGGAGCAGAGCCCAACUUGCAUCUCCAUAUCAAUGCCUUUCUGACUUGGAUGUGGGUGGUGGUGCAGCUCGAUCCCACAGGUUACUCUGUUACACAAGCUGGUGUGUGCUAAAUAUUUAAUUCUUGUAAAGUUUUGGCAGGCAGCAUGGGUGUUUCUCUCUCUCUCUCUCUCUCUCUCUCUCUCUCUCUCUCUCGCCAAAAAACUGGAAUUAGUAGGGGGCAUUUGGCACUGACUGACUUUUCCUGUCCAUGUGGGAUGAAACGACAGGAACAGCACUUAACAAACUUGUGGUUAGAAAAUUUGCUUCCCAACCCCUGAAGACAGACAUGCAUGCACACACACACACACACUCUCUUUCUCUUAAACCUGAAAGAUGCUGGAUCAUGGCAAGUUCACAUUCUAAACAUGGUAAAUGAGUGGCUACAUACUCCCUCCUAGAAGAGAUGUAAUCCACAAUUUAUCCUUGCUAUGAGCUUUACUUCUCAUCAAACUACAUCUCUCCUAAUGUCAUCUGUUCAAAGAGUUGGAGAAACGUGUGGAUGCAUCUCCAAGAGGUAUUCUCCUCAGGAAGCUUAGCUAUCCAGAGAUGGUUGAUUCUCUUUUGAGUAACUAUGGUAACUGCAUCCUUAGGGGUUACAGCUUGGCUGGGCCAGAACUGAAUUUCUCCCUGUGCUAUCAGGUGUGUUUAUACUACAGAAGUAAACCACUUUCAGAUCUAUUCCAUGGUUAUGGCUGCCAGCAAAAAUAGUGGUCCUGUUAAGUGAUGUAGGUUUUCAAGAAAAUUCUGAACUGGAAAAUUUUCCUAAGCAGUUUUCCCCUCAUUUGCAAAUUUCCUUAAUGCCCUGAGUAGAUUGUAAUCUGAUUUGGCAUGAUGUUUACAAUAAUGUGAAGUCAAACAUUUUUGUAAUGGAAGGUUUUCUGCCCCACAUCACUGAUCCUAUUAGGAAGCUAAGGAUUCCUGUUAGAGAUCCCUCAGCUCCCUCCUACAAACUAUAAUUUCCAACAUGCUUUACAGGAAGGGUCUGGAAGUUGUUAUUUAAAGGGAUUAGUCAUCUCUACCAGAGAGUGCUCAGCAUGCUUAGAAAAUUUCAAGGUUAUUUACAGAAAGCCAAAGAUUGAAAUCACUUUAGGUGCAGAUGUGCCCACACUCUCCGCUGCUGUAAAAUGUGCCCAAACUCUCUGGUGGAGAGCAGUCUUGUUCAAUAUUUUGUUCCUCUUUGUUCACUGUCCAGAAGAGCAGGAGUAAGAUUCCCUGCCCCCUAAGUUGCUAGUAUAGAAGAACUUGGGCUCAUGGGUCUAUGAGCACCAUACUCACUUCUAGAAGAGCUGCCUCAGUAGCUAUGGGCAUCCCUCUCAGCCUGCAGUCUUACUCUAUCUCCAUAAGCCGGCAUGGCCAUGGCUUAUUUUCCUUUAAGAGAGAAACUCUGUAGGUGAGGGCGGGGUGUGAAAUGGUACAGCCCAGACAGUCUGAAUACUCCUCCAUACAAAGAGCUCCUUCCACAUCAGAAACCUUGCAUAUUGGGGAGAAAGCUAGGAUUGCCUUUUCACUAUGCAAGUUUUCUAAUGUAGAGGGAAUGUGUUUUGUGGGGAGGAUCCCCUAAUGGGGCUGAAGUGAUACAGUCCAGACCCAGGUUUACCCCCUCAGGCCAGGAUUUGCUGCCAUGGUGUGUGUGUGUGUGUGUGUGCUUUUUUCUCUGUGUCUCAGAGCCAUUGCUUUCUCACUAACCCUGAGCUUGCUGCCAAAAGUUGACUGUGACAGGAGAGGGCUAUGUUAUGAGUGCUGUGUGUGUACAGCCAUGGGUUGCACCUGACAGCCUUGAAAAAACCUCUCUACCUUUUGAGCUCUGUGUUUCUGAUUAAAUUAUUAUUUUUUAAACCCU